GAAAUGCCUGUCUAAUUGUGCCUGUGGAUUUCCGGUUCCGGUGAGUCAGUGUGUGCCUCUGUGAGUGCGGGAGUCAUUGCUGGCGAGCCGAAGAGAGACUCUUGGCUGGUCGUGAUCCAGCCAUGGCGGACGAUGGCUCGGAGCGGGCCGAUGGCCGCAUCGUGAAAAUGGAAGUGGACUACAGCGUUACGGUAGACCAGCGCUUGCCCGAGUGCGAGCAGAUGGCCCAGGAUGGGAGGCUUCAAGAAGCGAUUGAGACCUUGCUGUCCUUGGAAAAACAGACUCGAACUGCUUCUGAUAUGGUAUCCACAUCUCGUAUUUUGGUUGCUGUAGUGAAAAUGUGUUACGAAGCUAAAGACUGGGAUGCUCUUAAUGAAAAUAUUAUUCUACUGUCAAAGAGGAGAAGUCAGUUAAAACAGGCAGUUGCUAAAAUGGUCCAGCAGUGCUGCACUUACGUUGAAGAGAUCACAGAUCUACCAAUCAAAUUGCGAUUAAUUGACACACUGCGUAUGGUUACAGAAGGAAAGAUCUAUGUUGAAAUUGAGAGGGCUAGACUGACAAAGACUCUUGCAACAAUAAAAGAGCAGAAUGGUGAGGUAAAAGAAGCUGCCUCAAUUCUGCAAGAACUUCAGGUGGAAACGUAUGGAUCAAUGGAAAAGAAGGAGCGUGUGGAGUUUAUCUUGGAACAAAUGAGGCUUUGUCUGGCUGUAAAGGAUUAUAUUCGAACCCAAAUUAUUAGCAAAAAAAUUAACACCAAGUUUUUUCAGGAAGAAAACACAGAAAAAUCAAAAUUGAAAUACUACAACUUAAUGAUUCAACUGGAUCAACAUGAGGGUUCCUACCUCUCUAUCUGUAAGCACUACAGAGCUAUUUAUGAUACUCCUUGCAUCCAGGCUGAAGGUGAAAAGUGGCAACAGGCACUGAAAAGUGUAGUUCUUUAUGUUAUCCUAUCACCUUAUGACAAUGAACAGUCUGAUCUGGUGCAUAGAAUAAGCAGUGAUAAAAAACUAGAAGACAUCCCUAAGUAUAAAGAUCUUUUAAAACUGUUUACCACUAUGGAAUUGAUGCGAUGGACUGCCCUGGUUGAGGAAUACGGAAAAGAAUUGAGAGAAGGAUCUCUAGAAAGUCCUGCAACAGAUGUAUUUGGUUAUACAGAAGAAGGUGAAAAAAGAUGGAAAGAUUUAAAAAACAGAGUUGUGGAACACAAUAUUAGAAUAAUGGCAAAAUAUUAUACCAGAAUUACCAUGAAGAGGAUGGCACAACUCCUGGAUUUAUCAGUUGAUGAAUCUGAGGAGUUUUUGUCCAACUUAGUGGUGAAUAAGACCAUCUAUGCUAAAGUAGAUAGGCUUGCAGGAAUUAUCAACUUCCAGAGACCCAAGGACCCAAAUAACUUGCUCAAUGACUGGUCUCACAAACUCAAUUCACUGAUGGCUCUAGUUAACAAAACUACACAUCUCAUUGCCAAAGAGGAGAUGAUACAUAACCUGCAGUAAUGUGCCUCAGUAGCCUUAAUGCUUUAGGGAGGCAUUGAAAAGUGAUCCUAGAAAGAGACUUUAUCCCACUGUAUAUUUGUUUUUCAUCUCUCCCUUCCAAAUGAAACUUAGAACAUAAUCACUCCUGAAGAAUUGUUGACAAUUAAGUUCUUUUGAUUAUUCAUUUGGUUUAUAACAAUUUUUUUGCUCCAAUUGAUGGAAAAACACAAUAAAAUUGUAUUACCUGUGUAAUAGAAAUGGCCUUUGAUUUAUCACAGUUUGUUCCCAUUUGCCCAGUAAAUACUUCUGGAUUUGUCUGUCUGGGUUAUCUUAGUAUUCUUCCAGAUGUAUAUGUUGUAAUAUAUUCUGUUCUUUUAUAACCAAAUGUAACAGGAUAAUUUAUCAUGCAUCUAGAGACUUCAAGCAUAGAACUGAAUUAUUUUUAUUCCAUGCUCUAGUAUGUUUUAAACAGAAUGUGAUCUAACAAAUGUAGCAUGGAUUUGGUUGUAGCUCAUCUUUCUAUCUGCUGCGAGUAAAUGUCUUACCUUUCAUUUGACUUGUAUUUAGCUACAGUAAUGUGCAAGUAGCUUUUUCAAACAUUUUAUAGUAUUACAGAUGGUUCAUCUUAUAUUCUUAAAGAGACUAGCUAGUCUGUUUCGGUUCUUUAAAAUACUUUUAAAUGAAAGUAGAAUGUAAAUAAGCCAACGGGUAUUCUAGCCCUCCAUUUGGUAAGUGGCCAUAUAGCCCUAGGGUAUGAUCCCAUAAACUGGAAUCUGUUUAACUCCUUAAGAGGAUGUCACUUUUGAAAUUAAAGUAGAUGAGCCAUGUUUGGAUGCAAAACGUAUUGUUUUAAAUUGUUUCCAAGUUGCAUUUGAAGAUUCUCAAGUCUGCUUCUAACCAGAGAUCAGCAUUUAUCUCUAAGUGCCUUGGAUACUUUGGCAGGGGUCCCAAGAGCCACUGCUAAGUCCUGCCUACCCAAGGGUGCUUUGGAUUUCUUUUUCUUGAACAGCAGCUACAUAGCAAAGGAGAGCUAAAAGCAGAUUGUCAAUUGGUAUGGGGGGAAUGGAAUCUGCUGUUCAAGGAAGAAAACAUCUGUGACAGUGGGCAUGCUCAAACCUUUUGGAUCUUGGCCCUUAAGAGCAGAAAAUAUCUGUCCUCUUAUGCUGUUAUGUUGCCACCCCAUUUUCCAUGGCAAAAUGUAAAUAGGUCAGUUGCAUGUCAAGAUAAACUUGAUCUGGAUGCAUUAUAAGACUUGCCAAUGCAAAUAGGAACCUUUAUAGGAUGAUUUUAUUUGUUACAUUUGUAUCCUACCCUUCUUCAAAAGGGCUCAAAGCACAUACCUGAGGCUCUCAGGUGAUCUCCUGGCUAACUAUUGGCCAGACCUGUUUAGCAUUAGAGUGGAACUAAUAUCAGGUGCUUUCAAAUGUGUUCUAGACUUUUUUCCUGUGACUAGAAGAGAGUCAACAUUUUAGAGAUGUGUUUAUAUAUAAAAUGUAUUGGGUGAAAGGGUUAAUGAUUUCUGUGAAUAUUGUCUUGUAGAUCUUGCAUAAAAUAGAUGCAAGGAA